AUGACGGGACCCACUUACAAUGAAAAUCAAGAUGUCAGAUCGCUGAUAGGAUCAUUCUUGUGCACAGAUAAAGAUGCUAACCUCAUACUUGGCAACUGUCAGGAGUACAUUUACCCUCCAGAAAUGGAACCUAAGGAAGAGCCACGUGCCCUGGGCUUAGCAAUGAUACCUGGUCACCAUAUAGUAUCAGUGCAUUUGGAUAAGGUUACAGAAGAUGAACCAAGAAUACAAGUUAUCUAA